AGGCGUUCCCGCGGUGCGCGCGCUCAUUGGUGCACGAGCAUCGGUCCGAGUGUCGGCAGGUUCGCAGUCAGUCACCUCAGAGCAGGAGAAAACACCUGCUGCUUCUGUAUGGGACAUGGAGCGACUGAGCGCUGAUUCGCUGGGUGCUGAAGCCGAUGGCUUCUUUGACAUGCUGGAGGAGAGGAGGCGGAGCAGUGACUUAAGUUACGCCUUCCGGACCUUCAACCCUCAGCCGUACCGUGGAGCCACGCCCAUUUCAGCUAGCACUCUCAAGACGAUGGUGCUUGAAUCACAGCACCUGAGCUACAUCAUACAGGAGAUCACGCUUGAGAGUGACGAACCACAUGAAGCGCUUCUACAGGAAGCUUCUGCGCUGCUGGAUGAGAUGAGUCAAAACCUACAGUUGGGAUUCAUUCGUCUGCUGGGCUUCGCAAUGAACAAAGUUUUUAAGAGCGUCUUCAGCUCUAUACGCGUCAAUGAGGAUGGACUCACACGGCUCCAGCAAGCCAUUCAGGAGUAUCCCGUCAUCCUGUUGCCCAAUCACAGGAGCUACAUGGACUUCCUUGUUCUGUCUUACAUCAUGUUCACUUAUGACCUUUCUAUCCCCGUCAUUGCAGCUGGAAUUCCUCUGAUGGGGAUGAAGCUGUUUGGUGAGGUCUUUCGGCGGUCAGGAGCGUUCUUUAUCCGUCGUGCCAUUGGCUCAGACAAGCUGUACUGGGCGGUGCUGUCCGAGUACGUCAGAACCAUUGUGCGGACAGGUUAUGCUCCAUUAGAGUUUUAUAUUGAAGGAUUACGUAGCAGAACGCUGAAAUCUCUCACACCAAAACUAGGAAUGCUGCACAUGGUGCUAGAGCCUUUUUUUAAAGGAGAGGUGUCUGACAUCAGUCUGGUGCCCAUCAGCAUCAGUUACGAGCGCGUGUUGGAGGAGUCGCUCCUCGUUCAUGAGCUGCUGGGUGUGCCUAAGCCAAAAGAGACCACAGGGGCUUUGCUGAAGGCCAGGACUGUGCUGAAGGAGAAUUAUGGCUGCAUGCAUGUGUUCUUUGGCAACCCUGUGUCAGUCAGAGACCUGGUGAAUGGAAAAAUAAACCUCAGACAGUAUAAUCUGGUGCCCAGAGACCUGCCUAUGAAGCCCAGUAAGGAGAUGCAGGAGUUUGUAUCUGGUCUAGCCCACAUGAUCGUCCGUUUGCAGGAGAGAAAUGUGGUCCUGAGUGCCUGGAACCUGAUGGCCGUGGUUCUCCUUCAGAACCUCCAGGGCAUUGAUUUGGACCUGCUGACCCAUAAAACCCUGUGGCUGAGGAGACUUGCCCUGCGGUGUGGAGCUCACCUCACAUGGCCCGAGAAUGUUUCAGAUUCUGAGGUGAUGUCAUCGAGCUUGAGCCUACAUCACUCAGUUGUACGCUGUGAGAGGGGGCGUGUCUAUUUAGUGGAGGAGGAAGGGCCAGGGCCUGUCACUCAAGAGGAGGGCGUGUUCAGACAAGCUGCUGCUGUGCUCAUGUGUGCGUCCUACAGGAAUCAAGCAGUACAUGUAUUCACAAGACCAGCUAUGGUGGCAGUUGCUAUGACAACAGCUGCAAGCCAUAGGACAGAUGACAUCUUUCAUAAUUUUACGUUCCUGCUGGAGCUCUUUUCCAGAGAGUUUGUUGUAAUUCCUGGUCAAGCUGUUCAGGACUUUGAGGAGGGCUGUUCAUUGCUACAGGAGUCUGGUGUAAUCGGCCGCUCUGAUGAAGAGAUCCAUGUUAGAGACAAUGGCCAAGAAACCAUCAUCUUCCUCAGAGCGAUUCUGCAGCCCUUCAUUGAGAGCUACCAGGUGGUGUUUAGGUACCUGUGUGAAGAGAGUUCACAGACAUUGAGAGAGAAGACGUUUUCAACCAACAGCCGCAGUUUCAUCAUGAAGCUCCUUAUUUCAGGUGAAGUUCAGUCGUAUGAGUGUUUAUCGUCUGACCUACAGAAGAAUGUUCUCUCAGCUUUGCUCAGGAUGGAUGCUGUGACCAAAACUAAAGUUGAUGACCAGAAUGAGUUUAGAGUGAAUAAAUCUGCAGUGAAGAAAAUAUGGGACAUGCUGAGUAAUGGAUGGACCUGUCAGAUCAGUGUAGACGCCAGACUGUGAUGAGAAGAAUCGGACAACAGCAACUCUUGAUUCUUUUAUUGUAGAAUGGCAAAUAUGUAUAAGUACUGUAUGAGUUUUUAGUGUCAAACACAGAAAAAACCUGCAGUAGCUGCUCUACAUGUAGAACAUCAUUUAUUUUCAACUGUUAUUGCAGUAAAGAUGAUUUAAUUUCAUAGAUGAUGUGAAAAUCAUACAGAUAUUAAAGGGUUAGUUCACCCAAAAAUGAAAAUUAUGUAAUUAAUAAC